GUCCCGGGUGUUCUCGGCUGGAGCUCCGGGUCGAGAGGACAAGGUGCAGCUGCUGGGAGAUUCCUCCGCUGCCUCCGGCUCCCGGAGCCCAGCCCUUUCCUAACCCAACGCAACCCAGCCCAGUCCUAGCCGCCAACGCCUGUCCCUGCCGCGGACUCCAGCGUUACCAUGAAUCCUGUCGUCUUCCUAUCCUUACCCGACCUCAGAUGCUCCCUGCUGCUCCUGGUAACUUGGGUUUUUACUCCUGUAACAACUGAAAUAACAAGUCUCGAUACAGAGAAUAUAGAUGAAAUUUUAAACAAUGCUGAUGUUGCUUUAGUAAAUUUUUAUGCUGACUGGUGUCGUUUCAGCCAGAUGUUGCAUCCAAUUUUUGAGGAAGCUUCUGAUGUCAUUAAGGAAGAAUAUCCAAACGCAAAUCAAGUAGUGUUUGCCAGAGUUGAUUGUGAUCAGCACUCUGAUAUAGCCCAGAGAUACAGGAUAAGCAAAUAUCCAACCCUCAAAUUGUUUCGUAAUGGGAUGAUGAUGAAGAGAGAAUACAGGGGUCAGCGAUCAGUGAAAGCACUUGCAGAUUACAUCAGACAACAGAAAAGUGACCCCAUUCAGGAAAUUCGGGACUUAGCAGAAAUCACCACCCUUGACCGAAGCAAAAGAAGUAUCGUUGGAUAUUUUGAGCAAAAGGAUUCAGACAACUAUAGAGUUUUUGAAAGAGUAGCAAAUAUUUUGCAUGAUGACUGUGCCUUCCUUUCUGCAUUUGGGGAUGUUUCAAAACCAGAAAGAUAUAGUGGAGACAAUAUAAUCUACAAACCACAAGGGCAUUCUGCUCCAGAUAUGGUGUACUUGGGAACUAUGACAAAUUUUGAUGUGACUUACAAUUGGAUUCAAGAUAAAUGUGUUCCUCUCGUCCGAGAAAUAACGUUUGAAAAUGGAGAGGAAUUGACAGAAGAAGGACUGCCUUUUCUCAUACUCUUCCACAUGAAAGAGGAUACAGAAAGUUUAGAAAUAUUCCAGAAUGAAGUAGCCCGGCAGUUAAUAAGUGAAAAAGGUACAAUAAACUUUUUACAUGCUGAUUGUGACAAAUUUAGACAUCCUCUUUUGCACAUACAGAAGACUCCAGCGGAUUGCCCUGUAAUAGCCAUUGACAGUUUUAGGCAUAUGUAUGUGUUUGGAGACUUCAAGGAUGUAUUAAUUCCUGGAAAACUCAAGCAAUUUGUAUUUGACUUACAUUCUGGAAAACUGCACAGAGAAUUCCAUCAUGGACCGGACCCAACCGAUAUAGCCCCAGGAGAGCAAGUCCAAGAUGUAGCAAGCAGUCCACCUGAGAGCUCCUUCCAGAAACUAGCACCCAGCGAAUAUAGGUAUACUUUAUUGAGGGAUCGAGAUGAGCUUUAAAAACUUGAAAAACAAUUUGCAGGCUUUUCAACAGCAGCAUCGAUUUACGUGGUGAAAAUAGUAAACCUAUAUUUUCAUAAUUCUAUGUGUAUUUUUAUUUUGAAUAAACUGAAAGAAGUUU